ACGGGAAGAUGCUUCAUUUUUCGUACGUCUCAUUCGCCUGAUGCUAGGGCCUAGGGUGUAUAACUCGGGUUAAAUCGAAAACACUAGCCCACAUUUCAAACUCUUGUUUUUGCCCCCUUUUUUCAUUUCUCCCCCAAAGCAAAACCCUAGAAACCAUCGAAUCCAAUCCAAUUGAGAAAUAAUGCAGCAACAGCCGAGCCUAAACCCUGCUCAUCCUCCUCCCCAUUCCUAUUCUCCUAAUUCCAUCACCACCGACCAGAUUCAAAAGUAUCUUGAUGAGAACAGAGAUUUGAUCUUGGCUAUUAUGGAAAAUCAGAAUCUCGGUAGACUCGCAGAUUGCGGCCAAUUGCAGGCUCUGCUUCAGAAGAAUUUGAUGUACCUGGCAGCGAUUGCUGAUGCUCAACCACCACCACCUGGCCCUUCCCAGGUUCCAUCAAACUCCAUCCCGCUACAAGGAAGCUACAUGGAGCAACCUCAAGGGGCAGCAAUGUUUCAGCAGCAACAAGGCGGGGGUGUUCAAAAGUUACCUUUUCAGCUUAAUGCUCUAAGGCCCCAAGAUCAGCAACAGCUAAUGAAUUUCCAGCAGCAACAGAUGCAAGGUCAAGCAGGCUUUAGGCCUGGUCCAAACACUGGAAUGCAUGGCAUGCAUCAGGCUCAGCAACACGGUGUAGGCCCUGCAGGUGGUUUAGUGGAUGCCAGAGGAAAUAGGCAAGAUGGCUCGGAUGCUGCUUCAGGCGAGGGCCAAGUAAGAUCAUCCUCUGCACGUGGCAGUGGUAAUUGAUAAUUACCCUUUUCGGGUUUUUUUGGCAGUGCAAGCAGCUGGCUUCUGUGGCAGUCAUGGCUUUCUCUUUGUCUCCUAGACGAGCAAAUGAGGCUCCAUUCCACAAUCAUCAGUAUUACUUGCACUUAGAACUUGAUGACUUUAAUGAGACAUGCUUAAUAUAAUGUAGAAUGCUUGUCUUGCAAAAUGACUGAGUAUGACUCUUUUAUUAUAAUUUUAAACCUGUCUUCAGAUUUUAAAGCUGCACAAA